UUAAAUAUUUACCAGAGUUUUUAUUGCCACCUUUGACUAAUUUAUAUGUAUCAAACUGCACGUCUCUGGAAUCAGCAUCAAUUUUGUUCCUACUCCCAAUGAAUCAUCGUUGGCGUGUAUGUGAUUUCAGUAAUUGCAUCAAUUUAGAUGAGGGUGCACGCAGAAAAAUUAUGGACAAUGUCUUGGCAGCAAAUCUUCAGGUACAGGUCAAUUGCUAUGGUGCUAGGUUACUUAUAGCCGGAAGUGAAGUGCCGCAGAGGAUGAGGUAUCGGAAUAAUAGUGGAUCUUCUUUGUCUUUCUCACUGGGCCAGCAUGAUUUGUUGGGGCUCUCUUUCUGCGGUGUCCUUGAUCCCAAAAUUCAUCCUUCUCGAGUUUAUACGAAUAUUGGAUGUAUGGUCCUUUUCAUAGGCGAAUCUGGAUGUAGCCGUCAUGAGAAAUUGUAUUGGUUAUACAAACAUUGGGAUUGUCAAAUGAAAUUCCAAUCAGAAAACGUGUUCCUUUGGGGUAGUUCAAUCUUUCUGGAUCCCGAUGACUGUUUCAAAAAGGCCUUAUUUCAAUUCUUCGCAGUACAUUAUGACGAUAAUGGAGCUGAAAUGAUAACAAGCAGGGAAAUGAUAGUUAAAUGUGGUGUUCAUCCAAUAUUCAAACACAAAAAGAGGAAAAAUCAAGAUGGGGGGAAGAGGAAAAAGCAACCACCUCCAUCUCAAAGAUUGAAAGACACCCAAGAAUUGAAUAAGGAAAAUGCGGAAGACGAACCUUCUGUGUCUGAAAUCUGAAAUGUUGUGCAUUGGUAUGUGGAGCUUGCCUUUCAGAGAAAGAACUCGGUCUCUUGCACACGGAUUUGACGCACAUUAGUUGGCCGCAGCCACAUUGUAUGGUUCCUGAUCGUUGUUUUUCCUUACAUGAUUGCAGCUAAUAGGCAACUAAGGUCAACGCAUCCAACAGUCCAACUUCCGAUACACAAUGGAAAUCAAUGCUCUUGCUCGAGAAGACUCAUCAAUGCAGGUGGAAUCAUGGAGAGUAUUUUCUCUUCUGGAAAUUGCUCCAUGGAACUUAGUUCUGUAGCCUGUGACCAGCUUUGUCGAUUUGACAUGGAAAGUUUUCCAGGUGAUCUCAUUCAAAGGCAAAGCACUUACUCUAGCUGCUGAUAGAAUUAUAUAGUAUUACCAGAGGCAGAAGAAAUUAUAUGACUAUUUCACAUUUUCCCAAACUUUCUCCGAGUACAAUUUUGCUUUAAUUAAUUCAGGGGGGUGGCAGUUGAAAAUCCAACAGCACAACAUGGCCUGAAGCUAGUAACCGAAGAUUAUCCAUUUGCUAAUGAUGUGCUCUAAUCCUCUGGGAUGCCAUCAAAUAAUAGAUAAGUGACAACAUGAACCAUUACUAAUGAGAGGCAAAGAAGGUGGAGAGAGAUCAAGAUCUUCAAGCUUGGUGGACAGACGUUCGAACAAAAGGCCAUGCAGACAAGUAAGAUGAGCCCUGGUGGCCUGUCCUCAAAAUCAAGAUGAUAUGAUCCAAACUUUUACUGCCACAAUUUGGGUAAGCACAGGUCACCAUGCAGCUUUGGUCAGUAUAUAUAUGGUGGUUACUUCCCUAACCAACCCACGCUAGCUCGAGCCAACAUGCCAAUUGAGGAUCCAAUUUCCAAUAUCAUAGGAGGAUUUCCAUCUAUUUGUUACUAAACCAGAAGUUACAUUGUUAAGAUGCUUCCCUUAACAAGUUCAAGCAACACAGCUGUUUUGGAUGUUCAUUCACCAGACGAGGAAUAUCUAGGAGCUAAACUGGAGCCAUCCUGGACUGAAGAUCCUGGCAUAGAGGCUGCAUUUGAAAAAUUCAACACAAAAUUGAAAUAUCUUGAAGGAAUCAUUUAUGAGAGGAAUAGAAACCACAAUAAGAAGAGAUCUGGAGCAGGGGUUGUAGCGUAUGGGCUCUUGAAGCCAUUCUCUAAAGAGAGGGUGAGUCGGAUGGUAGUUCCUACUAGGAUUUGCAUCUAAUGCUUGAAGUUCAAUGAUGUUUUCUAUCAGGAAGAUAACUACGUCCAAGGGCACGAGACUUGCAGCAUUCUGGAUUUAUAAUGGAGGAUAGGUGAGGUAGAAUAUUUGCCAACUCCAAUCAUGGCAAAUAAGGAACACUGCACAUUGACCUUAAUUUUUAGUGCCUUUUUACUUCAUUUAUUUUAUUUUAUUUUAUUUUAGCGUCUUUUUCAUUACCUGUUGGUAAAGAGUGUUUCUCAUCAGAAUGACUUUGAAAGUGACUUUCUGUCACUAAAAGUAUCAUAUUAAUCACUAGUGACUUCUAGGGAA